CUUGUGAACCUCAUUUUCAAUGGCUCAGAUCAACCCUCAAUUUCAAGCCAUAGGCGACCAGUUCGUACAGCAGUACUAUCAGACCUUCGAUGCCAACCGAAGUCAACUAGGUCCACUCUAUGGAGAUUCGUCCAUGUUGACGUUCGAGGGGGAGCAAUUUCAGGGUGCUACCAACAUCGUGCAGAAGAUCGCCGGCCUUCCUUUCCAGAAGGUUAGACAUCAGAUCAUCAAGGCCGAUUGCCAACCCAAUCCCUCCAACAACGGUGUAAUCGUCUUCGUUACUGGUAAUCUCUAUGUCGAUGACAACGCCAAUCCUCUCAAGUUCGGACAGGUGUUUCAUUUGGCUCCCAACCCUAGUACUGGUGGCUUCUACUGCAUGAACGAUCUCUUCCGUCUCAACAUUGGUUAAGUGAUUACCGUUAUAUACUGCUAUACUUGCACGACGCCGAGGGAGGUGCUGGGAUUCGAACCUGAGGUCGUUUGAUUGUCCACACAGUAACCGUCUCAAUAUCUCGUUCCGCUGAAACUGUCUGUGAAUCUUCGCAGUUGAAGUGUGAGUUAUAUACUGUG